AUGGGGUUUUUCACCGGCUUUUUUGGAGGAUUCACCCUCACUGCCUCGAUCCUCUAUAUAACCGUACACCUGCAUCUUGCGAACCGGCAUCAUCAACAUGUCCUUCUACGCGAACAAAUCGAUCUUCUUAAUACUCUCUCGCUCCCAGCAACAGCCAGAAAUGGGCUCAUUGGCAAUGCUGCCGCUGAUGUAAUGGCUCGUCGAGGAUAUCUUCCCCGACAGAGACCGGGAAUCAUGGAAUUGGGCAAAGAAAAAUGGAAUCAGGAAGUCAGGCUGUUAGUUAGGAGGGCGCAGGAGUUAAAGUGGGAGGAUGUACAGGAAAAAGUUCAAAAAGGCUGGGAGACAGCAAGGCGCUUGACGAAGGACAGAUAA